CAUGAGAGAAGCCUAAGCCCCUCCCUUUAGGCUGUUCUUACUCAUAUCGAAAGUGAAAGUUAGAUAAAGAAUGUUGCUUCGUGUCGCAGCCGCCACUUGUUCUCUGCGUCUCUGAGCGGCGGAGGAGCCUUUAUGGUUAAAAGAAAUGGCCUCGCUUUACUGGUUCCUCGUUGGGGUCCUGUUUUUCUCUCUCUAUGCAGUGGCUGAAAGCUCUUUUGUUAAAGUGGCAUGUGAUCCCAUAAGCAUGGGCCAGGUGAACCAUCAAUCGUUGCUGAAGUGUGAGGUCAAACUGACGCAGCCUAUACCAGAUUUACAAAUCACCGUGGUGGUCUGGAAGAAGAAAGGGCAUGAAAGUCCUAUUGCAGUUUAUGAUUUCAGAAAGAACGACCAAUUUAAAGAGCAACCGGGCUUUACGUUUCCUAACCGCAACAUUAACAACUUCAACGUUUCUCUGCUCAUCAGCAACACUGAAGUGAAGCACCAGGGAAAGUAUACCUGCAUGGUGGUUACAAGUAGUGGUAGCAGCAACAGCCAAACAGAACUCAAAGUGACGGCCAGAUACAGUAACCUGACCGUCCGUGGCAUCAAUGCAUAUAAUGAUCCCAAAGUAAGCAGGAUCCUGAUUUGUGAGGCUACCGGUGGCUACCCAGAAGGCAACCUGAGAUGGAUUGUUGAGAACAACACAGACUGGACGAAAAGCUCCAAGCAAACUGCGACCAAGAUGGAAAACGGUCUGUUGAAGAUGCACAGCGAGCUGCCCCUGCUGAAAGGGUCUACCUUCGAUCGAUACGCCUGUGUGCUGUUCAAUUCCAGCGGUGGCAGACAGGAAUCCGUCCUCUUCACACCCUAUAACCAAGGCCUUUUCAUCUCUCAUGGAAAAUUCUUCCAGCAGACCUGUUGGCUAACUCUCACCUGUGCUCCAUCUUUCUUCGUCUGGUUAAAGCUGCUAAAGCAGCAGAUCUUAUUUGAAGACGUGUCAGAAUCUUUUCCUGUUUUCUUUCAUUAUUGUAAUAAAAGUUUUACAUUUUGCUCCACAGGUUCCCAAUUCGAUUCUGAGCCAAAAGCGGAACAAUCAAAAUCUACAUCAGCCAUAGUGGCUCCAGUGGUGGUCAUCGGGUCACUGAUUGUGGGGUUGCUGCUGGCGCUGCUGUUCUUCAGAAGACGAUCUCAAAAACAGCGGAGGCCAUCAACUGCUCCUCUGAUGGGGGAGCAUCACAUGGUUCCUUCAGCUCCAGAAGCCGAAAUGGUUGAUGAUCCUCCUCCUGCGUAUGAGCCCUAACACAGCUUGCCUUAAGGGGACUCAACGAGCGUUAAUGCAUUGAUUUACUGCGUGACUCCAAAUCAGCACUUCCUUCCUCGCUAAAACCACCCGUAUGACAUAACCUUCCUCCAGCUUAUAACUGCGUAUUUUCAGGGAUAACUUACUGUAAUUCACCACUCAGCUUACCACGAAUCUGAACUCAGCAGAAACACUGUUAAAGACUCAAAUGAAGAUAAAACGAGAUCGGCUUCGCCGGUUAUGCGUGGAAAACAGAAGCGACUUCCAAAAAGGUGGUUAAAAUGUUGAGGAAAAACAGAAAUAUACCUACGAUCCUGCAUGGUAGGUAAUGAUGGGUAUAAGAAGUGGACACAGGGUCCAGCCAGAGUUGAGAGGUGGAUGAAUAUAAGCAUACAGAUAAUAUGUCUGUUGUUUUUUGUCUUUUUUAAUGGUUUUUUUUUUUUGUCUUGUUUGGCCAACUCUGUAAUUGUAGCCUUUGGCAGCUUAUCGUGAGUUUGUCUUUUUAUGUGAUGAUAUGCUAUAAGGAAAGCACUGAAUCAGAGGGGGGAGGGGUUUAAAAAGUAGGCACUAGGAUGUGUGGACUUUAUGUGUUUUAGAGCUCUUUAAUUUUGUCUUUUUUGUUUAUUUUUUAAAUAAAACGUCAGAAAG